AUGAAGUGGCUCCUCCUGGCCCUGAUGUGUCUCCAGCUCUCAGAGGGGUUGGUGAGCAGAGUCCAGCUGAAGAAAGGCAAAUCCAUACGGGAGAGGAUGAGGGAGGCUGGAGUGCUGGAGGACUACCUGAGGAAGAUGAAAUAUGAUCCAGUUCAGAAAUACAACUUCAGUGAGGGCUAUGUUGUGAAUGAGCCCAUAACCAACCACCUGGAUUCCUCCUACUUUGGGGAGAUCAGCAUUGGGACCCCUCCACAGAACUUCUUGGUGCUGUUUGACACUGGCUCCUCCAACCUUUGGGUGCCCUCCACCUACUGCCAGACCGCAGCCUGCUUCAACCAUGCCAAGUUCAACCCCAGCUCCUCCUCCAGCUUCAGCUCCAGUGGCCAGUCCUACACCCUGUCCUACGGCAGCGGCUCGCUCACCGUGCUGGUGGGAUACGACACGCUGAGGAUCCAGAGCAUCACAGUGACAGAGCAGGAGUUUGGGCUCAGCCAGAAUGAGCCCUCACAGCCUUUCUACUUUGCUGACUUUGAUGGCAUCCUGGGAAUGGCCUACCCCUCCCUGGCAGUAGGAGGGAUGACCACUGCACUGCAGGGCAUGCUGCAGCAGAACCAGCUCACCCAACCCAUCUUCAGCUUCUACUUCUCUCGCAAUCCCACCUACAGCUACGGGGGGGAGCUGGUGCUGGGGGGCAUCGACGAGCAGCUGUUCCGUGGGGACAUCAACUGGGCACCCGUGACACAGGAGCUGUACUGGCAGGUGGCACUCAAUAGCUUUGUGGUUGGACAGACAGCAACUGGCUGGUGCAGCCAGGGCUGCCAGGCCAUCGUGGACACUGGGACGUACCUGCUGACGGUGCCCCAGCAGUACCUGGAUGGCUUCCUGCAGCUGACAGGUGCCCAGCAGACCAGUUAUGGGUAUGCAGUUGACUGCAGUCAGGUGCAGAACAUGCCCAGCAUCACCUUUGUCAUCAAUGGAGCUCUGCUCCCACUCUACCCUUCUGCCUAUGUCUUGAAUAAUAAUGGCUACUGCACCCUUGGCAUCGAGCCCACCUACCUGCCCUCCCAGAACGGGCAGCCCCUCUGGAUCCUGGGGGAUGUGUUCCUCAAGGAGUACUACACCAUCUUCGACAUGGCCAAUGGCCGCAUCGGCUUCGCUGUGUCAGCCUAG